AAUCGGCACGAUCGUUCUAACAGCAACUUCUCUGUAUUCUCUAUUCCAGUGGUAGUCCACCUGAUUGCCAUUGCUUCAAUAAUAAAGUAGAUAUUAGCAGAAAUGAUGGUUGCCGGCCACUGCUCACUCCUAAUCGGUUGUCUGCUGAUGGCCUCUGCGGUCGCCUUUGCACCUUCCAACCCGCGCAGAUUAUCGCAGACAGUCUCGUCCCAGUCACAACUGCGAGCCGCUCCUGACGAUGUAGACUUUAUGGCGUCUUUGCGCACCCGGAUGGACGAAGUCGGUGACCGAGACACCAAAUUACCCCUAGUAGUCCUGGAUAGUAUGUUGCCCCGUCAGGUCCUCAAGAUUUCCGUCAGCAAUCCGGUCUUUAUGGAACUCAUUCGAACACGGCUUGUGGAAGAAAAUCCGUGUUUCGGAAUGCUUGGUAUGGCACGGCUUCAAACGGGGGAGCAGGUGCAUUUACGGUCCGGUGUUGAAGUCCAGAUCGUAGGCAAACCGAAAGUACUGGACGACGGCAUCAAACUUCAGCUACAAGCAACCCGGCGAUUCCGGAUUGACGGGGAUGUAGAAAACGCCAAAGAAGGCUGGACGGAAGGUCGUGUACGGUUUCUCGAUAGUGUCGAGGAAGAGGCCAAGGAAGAAGAGACGGAUGGAAUAAUGUUGGCGAGAGCAAUGUCCAAGGCACGAAAACUGGAGCCUCUCGUGGACCAAUGGAUCGAACUAGCGAGGGAAAGUGAACGACAGCCGGGGCAAAUCGAUCAACUGUUAUUGGAUCUUGGCGACAUUCCGGACGAUGAUGAACCAUCCGAACGAGCUUUCUGGGUCGGAGCAUUGAUCAAUCCUAUUCCCGCUAUGGGUGUAGCCUUGGAAAUCAGACCUGCACUUCUGACAGCUCAAACCGCCGAUCAAAGAGCAGAUAUAGCCCUGAGAGGUAUCCAGAACUCCAUUCAGCACAUGAAUGGUUCGAAGAAGCUUUUCUGAGGACCAAUUCAAACAAAUGUAACGGCAACAUCGAUUUACGAUUCCAUUUCAGUCAAGAUGUUUGUUUCGUGAAAUGUGUGUACCUACGGCGUCGAUAUAAAAGUGUUGGUGCUUACUAUUUUUAGUGGUGCUUUCAUUCACUUUAAGACGAAAUUAAAAACUUUCUAGCUUUUAAAUUUGAAAAU